AUGAAUUUGAGUGUAAAAUACGAUCUUCCUAACUUCAUUGCAGAAACCCCAAUUCAGAAUGUAAUUUUAUACAAUCAUCAUGUUUAUAUUGGAGCAGUCAACAAGAUUUAUGUACUAAAUGAAACUCUCCAGAACAUUUCUAUGUACAAGACUGGCCCCAUUUUGGAGAACCCUGACUGUGCACCAUGUGAAGACUGCAAAGAUAAAGCAAAUUUAUCUAACAGUGUGUGGAAGGACAAUGUCAACAUGGCACUGCUCUUAGAAACUUACUAUGAUGAUCAGCUCAUCAGCUGUGGUAGCAUGUCUGGAGGCGUUUGCCACCGUCACAUCAUUCAUCCUGACAACCCUGCUGACAUCGAAAGCGAGGUGCACUGCAUGUAUUCACCCCGGGUGGAUGGAGAAACAGAUAAUUGUCCUGACUGUGUUGUAAGCACUUUAGGAACCAAAGUUUUGGUGACCGAAAAGGACAGAUUUGUCAACUUCUUUGUUGGAAAUACUGUGACAUCUACAUUUCAGCCUCCUCAUGUACUGCAUUCAAUAUCAGUUAGAAGGUUAAAAGAAACACAGGAUGGAUUUGAGUUUCUGACGGAUCAGUCUUAUAUAGAUAUACUCCCUCAGUUCCGUGACUCGUAUCCCAUUAGGUAUGUCCAUGCCUUUGAAAAUGAUCACUUUGUCUAUUUUCUGACUGUCCAGAGAGAAUCUCUUGACUCCCAGUCUUUUCACACUAGAAUUAUACGCUUCUGCACUUUAGACUCAGAGAUGCGCUCUUACAUGGAAAUGCCUCUUGAAUGUAUUUUUACUGAAAAGCGGAGGAAGAGGUCCAUCCGAAAGGAAGUGUUCAACGUUUUGCAAGCUGCCUACGUAAGCAAGCCAGGUGCAGCUCUAGCCCAUGAAAUGGGUCUUGGGUUGAACGAUGAUAUUCUUUAUGGUGUUUUUGCACAAAGCAAACCGGACUCUUCAGAACCAACCAACAGGUCUGCUGUCUGUGCUGUCUCUGUGCGAACCAUCAACGAGUUCUUCAACAAGAUUGUUGACAAGCAGAACAUGAAAUGUCUCCAGCACUUUUAUGGGAAAGAGAGUAAAUACUGCUUGAACAGGGCUUUUUCAAGAAAUGCUUCAUACUGCAGAGUGCAAGAUGAUGAAUACCGCUUGGAAGUUACGACUCCUUUGCAGAGGGUUGACUUGUUCAUGGGCCAGUUCAACAGUGUCCUGUUAACUUCGAUAUCUGUCUUCACCAAAGGGAAUCUUACUGUUGCUAAUCUGGGAACUUCGGAGGGCCACUUCAUGCAGAUAGUGGUUUCCCGUUCAGAACCCACAGUUCCACAUGUCAGCUUUCAGCUAGACUCCCACCCUGUCUCUCCCCAAGUUGUUGUCAAGAAUUCGUUAGCAGAUGAUGGCUAUACCCUGGUAGUGACUGGGAAAAAGAUAACAAGGAUCCCACUGAAGGGGCCAGGCUGCCAUCACUUCAGGUCCUGCAGCCAGUGCCUGUUGGCACCUCCCUUCAUGCAGUGUGGCUGGUGCAGUCAGCAAUGCCUCAGGUCUUCUGAGUGCCCCAGUGGCACAUGGACCCAGGAGACCUGCUUGCCUAGGGUUUAUGAGAUUCUCCCUAACAGUGCUCCCUUAGAAGGCGGGACAAAACUCACACUGUGCGGAUGGGACUUUGGAUUCAGCAAAAGUAAUAGAUUUGAAUUUAAAAAUACAGUAGUCCAUAUUGGAGGACAAAUUUGUGCUCUGGAAGCAAAGUCUAGCAGCAAAAACAAGCUGGAAUGCACAGUUCCUGCUGCAAAAAACCCAGGUUUUAAUAUAUCCAGUAGUGUUUCUGUUGGACAUGGCAAAACACUAUUCAAUACAUUUUCAUAUGUGAAUCCUGUAAUAACAAGUAUCUAUCCCACCUAUGGCCCAAAAUCUGGAGGAACAUUGCUAACUAUAACUGGAAAAUACCUAAACAGUGGAAAAUCCAGAAGAAUUUCUGUUGGUGAGAAACCAUGCACCUUGAAAAGCGUUUCGGUGAGCACUGUGGAGUGCUACACGCCAGCACAACAAAUUCCUCAGGAAUAUCCUGUGAGGGUGGGGAUCGAUGAAGCUAUUCGAGAUGCGAGUGGCCAUUUCACCUACAGAGAGGACCCUGUUGUUUUAAAAAUUCAUCCAGCCAAAUCUUUCCUUAGUGGUGGAAGUACAAUCACAGCUCAGGGAAUCAACUUGAACUCAGUGUGCUUUCCUCAGAUGGUGAUUACUGUGCCUAAACUGGGAAUGAACUUCUCGGUGGCAUGUACCCACCGCUCUAGCUCAGAGAUAAUCUGCUGUACGACUCCGUCACUGAAAGCCUUCAAUCUGCAACCACCCUUUGUAACCAAAGUGUUCUUUAUUUUUGAUGGUGUCAGUUCUUUGUACUUUGAUUUUGACUAUGUAAAUAAUCCUGUGUUUAAGCAUUUUGAAAAGCCAGUGUUCAUCUCAAGAGGCAACCAAAACGUUCUGGAAAUUAAGGGAAAUUAUAUUGAUUCAGAAGCUGUUAAAGGAGAGGUGCUAAAAGUUGGAAACAAAAGCUGUGAAAACCUCCUCCUGCAGUCAGAAUCAAUUCUGUGUACAGUUCCCAGUGAUCUCCUGAAAUCCAACAGUGAGCUAAAUAUAGAGGUAAGGCAGCUACACCACACAUGA